AUGGUGGGCAAGUGGUUCAGCGCAUUUGCAGCGCUGCGUGGAAACCCGGCGUCUUUGCCCAGCGCACCACUUUUGUACGUCCCGCGCCCCGUGUCGACACACGAAGCCCAACGUAACCAUCGGCGUUCCGGAUCUUUGCCGUACAUCGGCGGGACGGGCAGCACACCUAAUGGUCGAAGCAUUGCCUCGGUCGGCUCGACGGUGAAGGAUGGCAUCGGACGGAGGAGAGCGGAUCGCCGGAAGAAGGCACGUGAGGAUACGACGGAAGAUGAUCAGGACGACCUCAAGGAGUUACCCAGAAAGGGCGGGCGCUCUUGUAAUCCACUGAUCAACCUCGGAUUACGCAAAAAGAAGGAGGACGAUUCUGACGAUGAGGAGGAAAAGUCGAAUCCAUCCGCACGGCGACGGUUGCCACUCGGUCGGCCGGCCGGUCUGAAUAAGAAAGGACCACGAGCAGCCAGCAACGAGAAGAAGCCGGCUCAGGGCGCGCGCAGUGCCGGUGGCACGGGGCGGAAGAAGGCCGUGUUCGAGGAGGACAGCCCGGUUGAGCAAAGCUCGUCGUCGUCAAGUGACUCCGAGGACGAGCCGUAUCGGGUGCGCAAAAACAGCCAAAAGAGCUCGAAAAAAGGCCCAACCGUCAACGCGACGAACGUGAAGCCGAAGGGCCGAGGUCGACCUCCUAAGGCCAAGAAGCCGCAGCAGCGUAGCCCUGGAAAGGUCUUUCCGCCAAACUACGGGCGCAGAGGGCGUUCCAACACGCCGCCCAAAUCCCCGACGACGCCUGUGCAAUGCGCGAGUGUAGCAACGAGCGUUGGCACCGAUGGCACGGUCCCGAUGCGAAUGGGCGAGGCGGCGCCGAGCAGUCCUGGCGGCGGCCGAACGAUGGCUGACGUCGGCGGGGAUGACUCUGAAGAUGGAGGCCAACCCCCACUCCCGACGUCUUUACCGAGACCGCCACCUGAUCCGCCGGAAGAAGAUGGGCCUCACAUUGAACAACGUUCUUCCCGCGGCGUGACAUCGAGUCUUCGGUCCGAGUCGCGCCACUCGAGCCAGUCCAACUUUCGGCAAAAGGCCAGUCGGGCGUCGAGCACGGAUAGCUCUCGAAGCAGAAGUAUCGUGGAAUCGGACGACGAUCAUAUCCGGCACAGGCCAAGCUCCCCAGCGUCAUCGCUAUCUUCCCUGGACGAUCGUUGGCGGGAGAGCCCGCGGCCUCUCGGCGACCUCUUCCCCACCCAUACCGAUACCGUGAACAUGGGCGGCGUGCCGGAUAUGGACGACGACGAGCCAUCAGGCAGCGGUGACGCCGCUUCUAACGACGAAGCGCCGCCGGUGCUCAACGUCGAACCUAUUGGUGCCGCCGAGCCGAUGAGCAGCGGUGGCAAUCAUCCGCUGUCCAUCCCCGCAUUUGACGACGACGACGACGCGCCGCCCCAGCUAUCCCCGAAUAUCAUGGAUGAGAAAAACGACACGGCCACGUCGAGCAAAUCCGUCACCGCCCACGACGUGCCCGAUGUAAGGUCAUUAAACGUUUUUGUUUUGCAGAGCGCAAUGGACCGCCCGCCCAAGGCCCCGGCAAUGCUGUCGCACCCAAUCGAGGAUGAGGAUCCGAUCCCGGAAAUACACCACAGCUUGCCCGGACUCUCAAGUGGCUUGCCGCCCGUCUCGCAACAGAUCCAGAUGACGCCCCAGUCACAGCAUACGCUACAAUAUCCAGGGAGUGGCGGCGGGAUGCUGGUCAUGGAUUUGGGGCAAGCGACACCGGGCAGCGUGGGACAGCUUUGUGCCCCGGGAAGUGUCCAUCAGACCACGCCGGAGAUGCCGCAAUUUAUGAGCCCGCCGCAGAUGCAGCCUUCCUGCAUGCAACCCGGCUCGGUCUCCUCGGUGCACUCGGUCGGCGCCGCGGGGAUGAACACGUCGGGCGGGCCGCACGAAAUCCCGCCAGGCUACGGCCCGUCGACGCCCGCAACGCCGCUGCGACACCCGGUUACACCGGGCAUCGGGCCCGCGCAGAACACGCCGCCCAUGUCCAACCAGCCGGCCAUGGGCACAAGCCCUUAUGGGAUGCCUCUCGGCCCGUCGCCGCUUUGCGUGCCCAGCGUUGCCGCCCAGAGCACGCCACCGAUGAUCCAAGCCCAGCAUCAGCCACCCCCGCCACAACAGCAGCCCCAGCCUAGCACGAGUCAACCCGCGAAACGCGAUAAAAAGAAAGCGUCCUCCAGCCGCUCAGCCGCACACCACGCCGCCCCGCCGGGCGCCCAGCAGCAAGCGAUGCAAGCAUUCGGCUCGCUUCCGGCCCACCCUUUCAUGGGGAUGCAAACGCCGCUAAUGCCCUCCGGCUUCACCUAUCCCACCAUGUCGUAUAAUCAGGCGGCAUAUAUGCAUCCCGGCUUCGACCCGAUCACCUAUCAGCAACAAUGGUUUCAACAAAACUACCAACGUGCCCAGAAUCCCGCUCCAAUGAUGCAAUUCUAUGGCGGCUACGCCCAGGCACCUAUGGGCGGCGGGCAGCCCCGUGUGCCCGGCCCAUCGUCAGCUUCUGGUUCCGGAUCAGGCUCCGGCCGUCAUCCAAACCAGGGCCCCACAGCCGGAACCUCCCAACCCUGGCCGACCCACCAAAAUUUUGCCAGCACCCCCACCGGCUUUGCCCCACCACACCCGCAACAAGUUGCCCACCCGCAGUUCCCGGAUUUUGCCUCAUACCCGGGGGCCACGUGGCCGGGCCCUUUCAAUCAGACCUUUAACCCGAUGGGCGGACCGGGCAAA